AUGAGUAUCAAUUAUAACAAAAGAUUGAUAAAUAAAAGUACAACAUCACAAACUGAAAAUAUAUUUUUGCAUAAAAAGAGCAUUAGUACUUCAAAUAAAGUAGUUGAGCCAAUAUCUAAAAAGCAAGGUGUUUCAAGUUAAAAAACAGACUCAGCUUAACAAAAACCUACAGAAAAAGUUCAAAUAAUCCCUGAUAUAAUAGGAAACUCUAAAUAAUAAGUUGAAGUUAAAAAUCAGGAAGAUCUGCUUGCUAAAUCAAGUAACCAAAAAGAAAAUAUAAACAACUAUUUAGGGAAAAAUUAAAUGAAUAUAAUUUUUAAAUAUUGCUCAUUUAAACAUUUGAUUUCUUUAAGAUUGACUUGUAAGUCAUGGUGGUUAUUGAUUGAUAAUUAUAUUUCAAACUAAAUUCCACUCUUAGUCAGUGAAAGAAAUUAACUAGAAGUUUCUGUCAAAAAUUAAAUGGAGUCUGAGUCAUCCCACACAAGAUAUGUGAGAGCUUAUAAGAAAGUGAGUUUGGGACAUGAUUUGAUAUUCUGCUUAAAUUAAAACGAUGCUGAAAAAUUUUACUUACUAAAAGAUAAAUCUGAGUAUAUUAAAGAAAUUAGAAGUAUAACCCAUCAAAUAAUUGGUAAAAAUGUAAUUGAAAAGAAUAAAGAAAUUAAAAAAUACUCUCCACAAUAUUAUAUUGAAAUUAUACAAGAAUGUAAGGAAGUCUAAGUAUCUGAAAUACCAAAAGACAUUAUAUUGAGAAUGAAAAUAAUAUUCUAGCAUAAUUAACAAAUAGCAGAUGAGUAAUUAAAUAAAAUUAGCAGGUAUGCUUAUGCUUUAAAAGUAUUGUUGGCAGGAUAUUUACAUCUUUAUUAAGAAACUAACCCGUAACAAUCUUAAAAGGCCAGGUUAAAAAGCAUUUAAGAAGAUUUACACAUAAUUAAAAUAUAUAAUAAAAAUAAAGUUUUAAAUUCAAAAUGA